GCACCCUCUGAAAUAGGAACUUUCCUGCUCAGGAACCCUGUUUUCCAGACGCAGAACUAAGAAAGGAAUAAUGCUUGCAUUACUAGGGGCUUUUAUCCUGUGCUGGUGGUGUGUGAAUUUGAAAACUGUACUUUUCCCCUUGGUCUCAGUAUUCUCAUCAGAAAUGUGGAUAUCAAUGCUACCUCCUAGAAUUUAUCUGAGCCAAAACGUAUGUGGUAAAUGGAAGUUUCCCAUUUUCUGAAGAUGUUGUCCGCAGCAACAGACACAGCCAAGAGCUUUAUCAGAGAAGGCUUCCUUGACUAUCUUAUUUAAAAUUUCAGUCCCUACCUUAGUACUCCCUAUAUGCCUUCAGGUUGUAUCCUUUCUCAUUACAUUUAAUUUGAAAUGUUUCACUUGUUUCUUGUAAUCUUAACAUCCUCUAAAAUAUACGCUUUAUUACGUUUUGUUCAGUGCAGUGUCCCCAGUGCCUAGAAGAGUGCCUGGCACACUAAUAAAUACUUGCUAAAUAAAAGGUUGUGCCUGAAGAGAGGUUAACAGGUAGCUGGCACCUAGCAAGUGCUCAGUAAGACUGAACCCGGCCUAACUCCAGACUUCUCCUCCUCAGGGACAAGAAGGACUCCCACGGUUAAAUAAACGGGUCGACAGCUAAACUGGUGUUACUCAAAGGUUCUAACACUACAAGUUCCAAGAAGCCUCGCGAAGCCCUGAUCCUACAUCACCCACCGUGCCUCGCGCGGCGCAGCCGCCGUUACUCUAGCUGCGUCUCGAGAGCUGGAACUACACCUCCCAGGAAGCGCUCCGGGAUGUCGUUGGUUUGUUUCCGGAAACGGGGCCUCAGAAAGGUGGGACUUAGACCUGGGAGCCGAUGGCGGCAGCUGUCAAUUGGUCAGGGACGAGAUCGACGGUUGCACUGACAAAUGGAAAUAAGGAAUUGCCAAAGGGGCCCGCCCACAGAAGGGAAACUACUGGAGGUGGCGGCUGCAGUGGCGGUCGCCGCCGGACACUCCUCAGCGCGGAGGACUGGGCGCGCACAAAGCUUACCUUGACCUCUUCCCGUCUGCCUUCAGCUUUGAUUUGUGACACUGGGCUCUUCUGGGCUCUUCUGACCCAGUUAGCCACAUCUCAGACCCAAACCAUGUUCCCGGUGAAGGUGAAAGUGGAGAAAUCAGGUGAGGACCCCGAGAGCUGGAGAUGGCCAAGGCCCGGAACCAACUUGAUGCUGUUUUGCAGUGUCUGCUGGAGAAGAGUCACAUGGACAGCCCUGGAAACCCCGAGCCCACAGUUCUCUUCUGUACCAGGGAGCGUCUGGAGGAGGAAGCUGGGAAAACCCCCUCAGACACCCACAACAAGGAUUGUUCCAUUGCAGCCACUGGCAAACGGCCAUCUGCCCGCUUCCCCCACCAGCGGAGGAAGAAGAGGAGGGAGAUGGAUGACGGGCUGGCUGAGGGAGGCCCACAGCGAUCCAAGUUCAGAGGUCACCAAUAGCAAGAGUCGUGACGUGUACAAGCUGCCUCCACCCACAGCCCCUGGGCCACCUGGAGAUGCUUGCAGAUCCCGAAUUCCAUCCCCCCUGCAGCCUGAGACCCAGGGUACCCCUGAUGAUGAGCCCUCCGAGCCUGAGCCCUCACCAUCCACGCUCAUCUACCGCAACAUGCAGCGCUGGAAACGCAUCCGCCAGAGGUGGAAGGAGGCAUCUCAUCGGAACCAGCUUCGGUACUCAGAAAGCAUGAAGAUCCUGCGGGAGAUGUAUGAGCGACAGUGAUGUUCCCCUGCCCACCACAUCCCCCCAAUAAACAUUCCCCUCCUUCCCACCUCCA